GUGGGGGAACAUCUCUAUCUAUCGACUCUCGCAAACUCUUCCUCUGGUACCGAUCUCUCUCUCUUUGUAAGAGCGCAAAGUGUGAAACUUUUUAGGGGAGAAAAUGUCGGGGAAAGGAGCGAAGGGAUUGAUAAUGGGGAAACCCAGUGGUAGCGAGAAAGAUAAGGACAAGAAGAAACAACCCAUCACCCGUUCUGCUCGAGCUGGUCUUCAGUUCCCUGUAGGAAGGGUGCAUAGGCUAUUGAAGACGAGGUCCACUGCUCACGGAAGGGUUGGAGCAACUGCAGCUGUCUACACCGCAGCGAUAUUGGAGUAUCUGACCGCAGAAGUUUUGGAGUUGGCUGGUAACGCCAGCAAGGACCUCAAGGUGAAACGUAUCUCCCCCAGGCACUUGCAGCUUGCGAUUCGUGGAGAUGAAGAGCUAGAUACUCUCAUCAAAGGAACUAUAGCUGGUGGUGGUGUCAUCCCUCACAUCCACAAGUCUCUCAUCAACAAAUCCGCCAAGGAAUAGCUUCUUACCACUCUUUGCUUCUCUGUUUCUUUAAGUAUCUCGAGAGAGAGUGUGUGUUUUAUAAAGAAGACGCUAGAGAGCUCUUUUCUAGGAUCUGUUUGUUAUUGUUCUUUUAUCUGCCUACUUUGUGUUAGAGACGCCACCUGAUUUAUCUAUCUUUAUGCAUAUGUAUGUGAUGAUUAUCUGAAACUCAUUUUCUCACUACC